GGUGCAGUAUGAUAAACGAGAUAAGGAAGAGAGAGAAGAAGGCAGGAAGAUAAGAUUCUUCGCUGACGAUCAGACUAAGGGAAAGAGAAAGAGAGAUUUGCUCAAGGAUUCAAAUUCUAGUAGACACCCUCCUCCUCCUUGUUAAGCGCUGCAAUGCUAGCAUCAGUAGCAGCAACUCUAAAUCCCGGCUCUUUGCCCGCCACCGCCAUCGCGCAUGGCAAUAGAACCCACCUCGACCAUAUACAAUCUAUUCCAUCGCGCGGACUCUGCUUCCCACUUGUAGCUCCGGAUAAUCGAACACUGAACCUCGCCACAACCGUCAAAUGCGGCGGUAAGGUAGAAACGCGCUCUGUCAGAACAGCAGUUGCUGCUGUUGAUUCCCUGGAUCUUGCUGAAAAGGAACAAGCUAGCAAUAAGUACUAUUUUGUGGUGGCAAAUGCGAAAUUCAUGCUGGACGAAGAAGAGCAUUUCAAGGAGUUGAUGUUUGAACGCCUCCGUCUCUUUGAAGAACGAAACAAAGAGCAGGACUUUUGGCUUGUGAUUGAACCAAAAUUCUUGGACAAAUUUCCCAACAUCACCAAGAGAUUAAAGAGACCUGCUGUUGCUCUUGUCUCAACUAAUGGUCCUUGGAUCACGUUCAUGAAGUUGAGGUUGGACAGAGUUUUGUGCGAAAGCUAUGAAGCUGACAAUGUAGAAGAAGCGUUGGCAUCUAACCCGACUGUUAUAAACUUCCCAGAGCCAGAGAAAUGGACUGCUCCUUAUAAGAAGUAUGAAUCUGGAUGGUGGGAGUCUUUCUUGCCUCCAAAGACAGCAUAAAAUCUGCUCCAUGGCAUCAUACCGGCUUGCAACAGUAGUGUGUUUCUCUCGUAUUUUCUUCACCCGAGCAGGUUAGGUCUGGGAUGGGAUAAAUAGUAAGGUGUAUCAUGUAUUGAGUGCAAAAUAGGAUUUGGUCUGUGUACAAUUUUUGUUUACUAGAGAUUUUUUAGAAAAUCCCCAAUUCAACUUCCAUUUGAUUUUAUGUUUUACCCUGCA